AUGAAAACAAAAAUUGUGUCAUUAUUUCUAAAAAGAGAGCACCUAAUUCUAUUAUCAAAAAUGCUUUAAUUAAGUGAAAAUGUAAUAGAAUCAGAUAGUCAAAUUUUAAAACUUGAUAUUCAAAACUAAUAAAGUGAAAAUAAAAUAUUAAAAACCGAAAGAUGGCCAUAAUUAGACUUAGACUAUUUUCAGAAUAACUUUCUAUAAAUUGCAAAUUUAUCAUUCUCAUACUUCAAAUUACACUUUCCUGCUAAUUCUGCAAUCCACAUUAAAGACCACAUCAAAUUUAUAUAGAUUUUAAAGUAAAUUAACUAUGGUGGUGUAACAAUUGAAGAUGUUUUCAAAUAACAACGUGUAUACAAUUCAUUUUUAUCUGUAGUCUCGUCUUUAAAUUGAAGUAACAAAAAUAACGAAAUCUAUUAAAACUGUAGAUGAACCAAUCAUGCCAAAAAUAAUGAAUUACAAAAUAGAUCUUGAAUAGAUAUAAACUAUUCAAGAUAAAUAUUUCUAUCCUAAGAACUCUGAUUUCUUAAAUCCUUACUUAAUUCUUAAUUUGAAAAUGCCACUUCCUAAAUCAACUGCAAGACCUCUAAAUAAAGAACUUUAUUAAAGUAUAACUAGUUUAGAAGAUGUACCAUCAUUUUAAUUUAUGAAUUCUACUCUCAUCUAACCUAUUCUCAAUUAUGAUAUGCUCAAAAAUUCAUUUGAAUAUAGAAUGAAUAAACUUAUGUAAAGAAAUCAACAAAUUUAAUACACUAUUAAAAGAUAUUAAUUAUCUAUUAAAAACUAUGAUAAUAUCAAUGAUGACAUUUAAGAUAGUUCACUACAAGAAAUCAAAAAAAUAUUCUGUUCCUCUAUUAAAUAAAUAUAUGAUAAAAAAAAUAAAGAUAUUGUACUUGAAUAAAAUAAAAAAAUCAAUAUAGAUGAACAAAUUUCAAAACAAUCUAGUCCACAUCAAACAGAAGUUUUUAAAGAAAACGACUCUCUCCUUUAUAAACCUAUAUAGGAAGAUGAAUAAUAAUAUUAAGAUGUUGUUACAUGUACAAAUUACAAUGAAAGAUCUCAGGAUUAAUUACCUGAUUUCGACCCUGAAUCACCAAAGUUACAUUCCUUAAGAUUGACACCAUAUGGUUUUAUGGAAACUACUUAUUAAUAGACAUUAUCUUAAAAAAUGUUACCUUUAGAUCAUUAACAUUAAUUAACUCAAAGUCCCUUAAGAGCAAUACCAAAAUAUAAGGGUUCUUAUAAAUCUUUAGAUCUUCAAUAAUCUCUAAUUCUUAGUCCAAGUACUUUAAAAUAUCCUAAAAAAAUAUUUGCAUAUCAAAAAGCCUAAAAAUUGAAUUAAUAAAAUUCACAAAAUGAUCCAAAUACAAAAGUUAUUUUGGAUCUACCAAUUUAAACUUCAGAAAAUUUAGAAUAAUCAAUUGAAACUUAAACAUUAGAUACUCAGAAAGCUAUUUUAACUAAUAGAAAUACAUAAAAAACAUGUUUAGAUAAAAUACCAUUAAAACCUAUUGCAAUUUAGUAAAUUAGAUUGAAAAAACUGAAAGAUAAAUUAAUUGAUAAAAAAGAAACUACUUUACCUUAUGUGAGGGAAUCUCUACCAAGAGUUUAAGAAGUACUUAUGUUUUAAAAAAAAAACAAUAUGAAAAAUCAAUUAUAAUACUAAUUAAUAUUAUUGACUCGAUCUGAAUAAAUCUUGACAUCCUUAAUGUCAAAUGGAUAAAUUAGAGGAACAGAACUUUAUCAAUAACUAUUAUAACCUAUAAAACUAACAACAAGUCAAAAAUUUUUAAGUCCCAAAAGUAAUACUUUAAUAUCAAGAACAAAAUUUAAGAAAAUAUAACAAGAAACAAAAAUGUUUAAUUUGAAAUGA